AUGGCUCAUGGGACUUGUCAAGUCUUACUGGAGCUUGCAGGAUACAUCCUGGAGCUCUCUUCCCAGAAUGGUCUGAUUGGAGCAAUUCGCGGGCAUCCGGGGUUUCCUGGAUGUGAAUGUCUUGGUCGAUGGUGCCUGGCCGUUGCUAGGGACGGGCCUGCGGAUGUUACUUGUGUCGUGGAGAUCGAUCCAAGAAUAUCGAACGGCAGUCUUGCUCCGAGGACAAGCUCGAAAACGACUUUUUCUCAUCGAAGGGCGACUCUUCGGCCGGAUAGCAGGAACGUUGCGAUCGCCAGCGAGGCUCGAAUAUCUCUCAAGGUCCCAUCGUCCGGGACGUUCGACGGUCGAUGUCCGGCUUCAACAUUCUUCUCGGUGGACAAACGGCAACACGAAGAAUUUCGACGCCGUCUUGAACAUCGUGGGCAAGCUUGUACCGGGAGAAGAGUCCUUGGGCUACUCACGAAAAAGAGGAGAGACUGCCACGAAGACGAUACGGCAUUCUGUCCAGAGUAUUCACUCAUAGUGCUGGAGGAGCCAAUUGCAGCUGUCGAAUGCAUUGGCCUUCAGAAAGGCAGAAGAACAGUCUGUGGACAUCACGCUGGGCGGCAAAGUGCUACACGCGCCUGA